AUGGCUGACGCCGCCGUGGAGAACCCGCACAACACAAUACCGCCUCACAAGAAGCAGCUCCCCUCGUCGAUACCGAAUUUCGACACGCUCGAGGGCUUCAGCACAGACGGAAAUGAUGACUACUCAAAUUUCAAGAAGCUCCAGCGACAGCUAGAGUACAUUCACCUUCAGGAAGAAUACAUCAAGGACGAGCAGCGGAGUCUGAAGCGGGAGUUGGUGCGCGCGCAAGAGGAGAUCAAGCGCAUUCAGAGUGUGCCGCUCGUCAUAGGACAGUUUAUGGAGGCGAUAGACCAAAACACUGGCAUCGUGCAAUCAUCUACCGGCUCGAAUUAUGUCGUCCGCAUCCUGUCCACGCUCGAUCGCGAGCUGCUCAAGCCCUCUUCCUCGGUCGCUCUCCACCGCCACUCGAACGCCCUCGUUGAUAUCCUACCUCCAGAGGCCGACUCCUCCAUCGCCAUGCUUGGCCAAGACGAGAAGCCAGAUGUCACAUACGCAGACGUGGGAGGUCUAGACAUGCAGAAGCAGGAAAUCCGAGAAGCUGUGGAGCUUCCACUCACACACUUCGACCUGUACAAGCAGAUCGGUAUCGACCCACCACGCGGCGUUCUGCUGUAUGGGCCUCCAGGAACAGGAAAGACGAUGUUGGUGAAGGCAGUAGCGAACAGCACUACGGCUUCAUUUAUCCGCGUGGUAGGCUCGGAGUUCGUGCAGAAGUACCUAGGAGAGGGUCCGCGCAUGGUGCGCGACGUCUUCCGAAUGGCCCGAGAGAACUCACCCUCCAUCAUAUUCAUCGACGAGAUCGACGCUAUCGCCACAAAGCGUUUCGACGCACAAACCGGUGCCGAUCGAGAAGUCCAGCGUAUCCUGCUCGAGCUUCUCAACCAGAUGGACGGUUUCGACCAAACAUCCAACGUCAAGGUCAUCAUGGCGACCAAUCGUGCUGAUACACUCGACCCCGCGCUGCUCCGACCCGGCCGUCUCGACCGAAAGAUUGAGUUCCCCUCGCUACGAGAUCGCCGUGAGCGCCGUCUCAUCUUCGGCACCAUCGCUGGGAAGAUGAGCCUAUCACCCGAGGUCGACCUUGACAGCUUAAUCGUGCGAAAUGACCCAUUGUCGGGUGCUGUCAUUGCGGCGAUUAUGCAGGAGGCGGGAUUGAGGGCUGUGCGGAAGAACAGGUACAACAUCAUCCAGAGCGAUCUGGAGGAGGCGUACACGAGCCAGGUCAAGGGCGCGACGGAGGCGGAUAAGUUCGAUUUCUACAAGUAA